AUGGCCACCUUGGCCUCGUCUCCCCCAACCUCCCCCUCGUGGUCGAAACGGCGCCCACGAGCCUGGGCCCUCAAAUGCGAACGAUACUGCUGUGCCGCGGUGAGCUGCUUCCCACUAGCCUUUAUCUACGGUGUCACAACAUGGGCCGUCUACGUCGAAGCCAGCAUCGGGCUCAAGCCGCAAAAGAGCGACUGGAUAGGCAUCCCUAGCACACUUGUUGGAGUCAUUCUCUACGCCCUCCUGAAUGCCUCCUAUACCGUCGCCGUCUUCACCGACCCGGGCUCCCCGUUGACCACCCGCGGUAACGACCGCCAUCGCUAUAGCGCGCUGCCCAUCACCGAGCAGCCCGACUUUACUUCGUACACCGUCAGCUCGACGGGCGGAUCGCGGUAUUGCAAGAAGUGCCAGUGUCCCAAACCGGACCGUGCGCACCACUGCUCCACGUGUAAGCGAUGCGUCCUGAAGAUGGAUCACCACUGCCCCUGGCUGGCUACCUGCGUGGGGCUCUAUAAUUACAAAGCGUUUCUGCUGUUUUUGAUAUACACCUCGGUUUUCUGCUGGGUCUGUUGCGCGGUGGCGUGCGUGUGGGUAUGGGACGAGAUGCUCAGCGACACCACGUACAUGGACACUAUUCUGCCUGUGAAUGUUGUUCUUCUGGGCAUUCUGGGUGGGAUUAUCGGGUUGGUGCUGUCUGGUUUCACGGCGUGGCAUAUCAGUUUGGCCGUGCGCGGCACUACCACCAUCGAAUCGUUAGAGAAGACCCGGUAUGUGUCGCCACUACGCAGGGCGCUCGACCGCCAGCGCUCUGAGCAGGGAAUCAUCCACCCCGAGGAGACCCUGAGCCACCGGAUCCAGGAAUAUGGGAACCAGAUCAUCGAUGCACACGCCAAUGCAAUCCCGGGCGUCACCCGCGCCGAGGAAGGCGAAGAGCGACUGUCUCCAGCACCCCAGCGAUACCCGGGUUACCUGCAAGGCGCCCCGGGCACCGAAAACCUUACACCUGCACAACAAGCGCUGUCACGAUCCUACGCCGAAAUGGAACGCCAGCGCGAGCAUGAUAGAUACCAGGAGUAUCUCGCGGAGCAAGAUAGCGAGAAGAUGCCGCGCGCAUUCGACCUCGGCUGGCGCCGCAAUCUCAUCCAUCUUUUCGGCGACCGCCCUCUUCUGUGGCCGUUACCCAUCUGCACAACCAUCGGCGAUGGCUGGCGUUGGGACCCGAGUCCGCGCUUCCUCGAGGCGCGCGAACGGCUCCGAAUCCGACGCGGCCAGGACGCCAUGGACGAGCAGCAGUACCGCCAGGAUCUGUACCAGCGCAGUAUGGAUAACGGCCACAACUGGGCCGGCGAUGCGAGUGUCGGCGCCGGCGCCGCGCACCCGCCCUGGGCGCCUAAUAAUCGCGGUCUGCCGCCGGACACAUCUGAUGACCGGCCGCAGACGAGUGUCUCGCUCCAGACUCUCGCGCCGAUGUCCCCGCGUCCGCGGCCGGGGGAUAGCGACUUUGAGGAUGACCUCGAGGAGAAUAGGUUAUUGGAUGGGAAUCGUCGUGGCCAAGAGCAGUCGGAUGAAUGGCGCGAUUGGGAUUGA